GGGUCGGGCCCCCGCGCCGCCGGCAUGAGCGCCGCCGCCCAUCGCCCCGCGCCCGCCGCCCCGGCCCGGGCCCGCUGCUGACUGGAGGGACCGAGGAGUGAGAGGUUUGCCGCCCUAUCGCAAUCAUGGUGCAGAAAUACCAGUCCCCGGUGCGGGUGUACAAGCACCCCUUCGAGCUAAUUAUGGCCGCCUACGAGCGGAGAUUCCCCACCUGCCCUCUGAUCCCCAUGUUCGUGGACAGCGACACUGUGAGCGAGUUCAAGAGCGAUGAUGGGGCUGUGCAUGUGAUUGAGAGGCGCUGCAAGCUGGACGUGGACGCUCCACGGCUGCUUAAGAAGAUCGCCGGUGUGGAUUAUGUCUACUUCGUCCAGAAGAACUCCCUCAAUGCGCGAGAGCGGACCCUGCACAUUGAGGCCCACAACGAGACCUUCUCCAACCGCGUCAUCAUCCACGAGCACUGCUGCUACACGGUGCAUCCUGAGAACGAAGAUUGGACCUGCUUCGAACAGUCUGCGAGCUUAGAUAUUAAAUCUUUCUUUGGCUUCGAGAGCACGGUGGAAAAGAUCGCCAUGAAGCAAUAUACCAGCAACAUCAAAAAGGGCAAAGAGAUCAUCGAGUACUACCUGCACCAGCUGGAAGAGGAGGGCAUCACCUUUGUACCCCGCUGGACACCACCCCCCACAGCGCCUGUCUCCGAGCUGCCCCCGCCGUGCAAACAGCAGCCUGCAGUGGCCACCGUGGCCCCCGUUGAAACGGGCCAGAAAGAGGGGCCUAUCUCCGAGGCCGUCAGCAACCCCAGUGGGGCGCCAGAGCCUCUGGGGGGCACCCCUGACGACAAGCUAGACGCCGACUACAUCAAGCGGUACUUGGGGGACCUGACCCCGCUGCAGGAGAGCUGCCUCAUCCGGCUGCGCCAGUGGCUGCAGGAGACACACAAGGGCAAAACCCCGAAAGACGAGCACAUCUUGCGGUUCCUGCGCGCCCGGGACUUCCACAUGGACAAGGCACGUGAGAUCCUGUGCCAGUCCCUGACAUGGAGGAAGCAGCAUCAGGUGGACUAUAUCCUGGACACCUGGGGCCCCCCGCAGGUCCUGCAAGACUACUACGCAGGUGGCUGGCACCACCACGACAGAGAAGGGCGGCCACUGUAUGUGCUCAGGCUGGGCCAGAUGGACACCAAGGGGCUGGUGCGUGCCCUGGGAGAGGAGGCGCUGCUGAGAUACGUUCUCUCCAUCAACGAGGAGGGCCUGAGACGCUGCCAGGAGAACACAAAGGUCUUCGGCCGCCCCAUCAGCUCGUGGACGUGCCUGGUGGACCUGGAGGGGCUCAACAUGCGGCACCUGUGGCGGCCGGGCGUGAAGGCGCUGCUGCGGAUCAUCGAGGUGGUGGCUGCCAACUACCCCGAGACACUCGGCCGCCUCCUUAUUCUGCGUGCACCCCGCAUCUUCCCAGUGCUCUGGACGCUGGUGAGCCCAUUCAUUGAUGACAACACCCGCAAGAAGUUCCUCGUCUACGCGGGCAAUGACUACCAGGGCCCCGGUGGGCUGCUGGACUACAUCGACCGGGAGAUCAUCCCAGACUUCCUGAGCGGGGAAUGCCUGUGCGACGUGCCAGAGGGCGGGCUGGUCCCCAAGUCCCUGUACAGGACAGCGGAGGAGCUGGAGAGCGAGGACCUGAAGCUGUGGAUGGAGACCAUCUACCAGUCGGCCAGUGUGUUCAAGGGUGCACCCCACGAGAUCCUCGUGGAGAUCGUGGAGGCCGCCUCCGUCAUCACCUGGGACUUCGAUGUGUGCAAAGGGGAUGUGGUAUUCAAUAUCUUCCACUCCAAGCGCGCCCCGCAACUGCCCAAGAAGGACUCCCUGGGCGCGCAUGGCCUCAGCUCCCCCGGCGGCAACAACGCGCAGCUCAUCGACCGCGCCUGGCAGCUGGGCCGCGACUACAGCAUGGUGGAGGCGCCGCUCACCUGCCGUGAGGGCGAGAGCGUCCAGGGCUCGCAUGUGACCCGCUGGCCCGGCUUCUACAUCCUGCAGUGGCGCUUCCACAGCUCACCUGCCUGUGCCGCCACCAGCCUGCCCCGCGUGGACGACGUGCUGGCCUCGCUGCAGGUGGCCUCGCACAAGUGCAAAGUCAUGUACUACACCGAGGUCAUCGGCUCCGAGGACUGCAGGGGCUCCAUGAGCAGCCUGGAGUCCAGCCACAGCGGCUUCUCGCAGCUGAGCGCCGUCACCACCGCAUCCAGCCAGUCUCACUCCAGCUCCGUGGUUUCCAGGUAGUGCCGCCUCCCCCACAGCCGGAGGGCGGCCACCCGGACCACCGGGACCACCACCGGGCAGGGCCCGUCCACGCCCGCGUCCAUAGCCAUAGUCUGCGCCUGCCCGGGCUCAGGCAGCUGCCAGGUCGGCGUGUCUCCACGGAUGCAAAAAAGGGCCCAGCCACCUCUGCGCUGCCCCCACUUGGGGUUCGGGCGCACCCCGGGCAGUGCCGCUGGGCCCCCCAACCCACCUCCCCAUGGCCUGGCCUGUCCCCUCCCCAGGUAGUGACAACAGCCACCCGGGUCCACUACACCAGCUCCACCGAACCAGUUGGCCGUCUCUUUCCGUCUCCAGUGCUGCCGCUCAGGGCGGGCGAUUGGGUGGCACUUCGGCCUUCACCCCUUGGGCUGGAUUGGGUGCCUGCUGAACUAGGCAGAGGUGCCGAGUCUGGCUACAGCUCUGCAGCCUGUGGCUAUGCGGGUGGGACGAGCUGCCGGCAGCCCUGUCCCCCGGCCCUGUUCCCCAACUC